AUGGAGAAUGAGGUUAGAAGAUUUGAAAAGGAAUGUGAUAAAAAAAGAAUUGGUUUUUUAGUAUCUAAUGUUUAUUUUUCUAACAAAGCUAUUGAAAUAGUUGAAAAUAAUGAUAGGAUUUAUUUAUGUUGCGAGAAUGAUAUAGUUGAUGUUAUCAAAAAGGUUGAAAAACAUAAGUGUUAUAGUAUAAAAAAUAGGAUGGAAGAUAUUGAACAUCUUGAGUUUAUUAAUGAAACACAAAAGGAAUUGAUUAGUCGUCAAGAUUGUAUUAAUGGAUUGCAAAAAGAAUUGAUUGAACGACAGGUUUUAUUAAUAGCAAAAUUAAAAGAAUAA